AAUGUUUGUGACAACGAAAUGAUUGUUCUGUGUGAUUAAAGACAAUGAUUUGUCUUCAGAAAGAAGGUAUCACUUUUUGUCUCCCCUCCUGUGGAAGAUGUUCUGACCGUCCUGGAAUGACCCCCCGUGGUGUAACGUUUCAAUGCACCUGCACCUGACUGCACCUGCAAACUUUUCUAAAACCUAGAUGAGAGAAAUUUGAACGAUCUAAAUCAACUUGAACCUAAUUUCUUUCACGGUUUGGUUAACUAUGGACGCCAAGGUGGAUCUUUCGGCCAUUGCGGAAGAGGAUGUUGAAAGAUUUCUGUUUUGUGCGGAGUCCCGGACCGACACGCCUCCUCCUAGACCGGCCGGCUUGCAGACCGCAAAGCGCCGAAGAACCUGCCGCAGAGGCCCGAUAAGCAGCAAAGCCAGUCCGUGGAGAAGGAAGAUGUUGAGGCAGGGAGUUAGCGGGAAGAUGACGGUUCGGGACGGCCUGAGCAGGAUUAAAACCCUGGUUCCGUACGUGGCAGAGCAGCCGACCGCUUCUGCGUCCGAUAUGUCAGAGCUGGAAAUCAUCCAUAGUGCAACUCGUUACAUCACAGAACUAGAGGGCCAACUGUUGAAGCUGCGAACAGGGAAGACAGGUGGAAGACGCUUCAGAAAUGCAUCAGGCUCACCCUCCAAACGUUGGAUAGAUCCCUCAUCAGCCACUGUGUCUCUGUCAACACACAAGAUUGCAAGCCCAACCCCAAGUCCACUCAAGAAAACUGAGAGAUGUCCCAAGGCAAGAAAGGACAUGGAUAAGAAAGAAAUUGUCAAGAAUGUGACAGGUUUUCCUGGUAAGAAUUAUUUCAAUGUUCCUGACAUGGAAGAGUUCAAGCCUGGAGAAGAGAAGAUAGUCAAAGAGGACCUGACCUUGCUGAUGUCGCUGGACAAUGGGGUGGACAGCUGUUCCUCCAGUGACUCUGUGUCCUCUACGCUAGCUGCAGGUGCGGAAGGUGUGGACUGUGGACAGCUGCUCAGGGAAACAGAUGUACUUCUCUUCCCUGACACCUUCUUUACUCAACUGAAUGAGCUGCUGCCAAAGGACCUGAACACCCCCAGUAAUACAGUGGAAUCACCCACUGAUACAACCUUUCCAGUUCAAGGGGAAGAGGAAAGAAGAAUCCUGGGUGAGCUGAAUGGCACGCCUCAGAUCAAAACCGAGUAUGUCUUUGAAGAUGGUUUUGAAGAUUCAUGAAUUUCGGACAACAGGCCAUGAGGAAGACUAAGACAUUCUAACGUUAGGGCUUAUAGAAGAUGGCAAAUCAGUCAAAACUAGUUAGGUUACACCAUCUGAUAUUUUUGUGAAGGCAAAGUUGAAGGAGAACCAAAAAUUUGAAUAUUGAAGAGUAUAGACUGCAAUCCUUUGACAUUACACCAGCUAUAUAAUGUAAUGUUUGAGUUUGUGUUGUUGACUUCACAAAGUCUAUCUGUAUAUAUUGUACAUUGAUGAUACAAUUUACAAAAUGAACUUCCAAGUUCCAAGAAAUUUCUGGUUGUUUGAUGCUGUACAAGGAAAUUAAAUUCUGAUUCAAAUAAAUGACAAAUGCCUUAAAAAGGACAUGCUAGAGUGCCAUGAAUUCACUCUUUAAAACUAUUAAAACUGAAGGUCUAAUGGCUAAUAUAAUACUUUGUAUUUGUUCUUUCCAGUUGAAUUUUUUAAACGUUAUGAAAUGUUUGAGACUUCUUGACUAAUGAAAUUCAGAUGCAAAUGAAAUAUAAAAAGUAAUGAGAGAUAAACUGUGCUUUAAAGAUAUUAAUGGUUCUUUAACUCGUAAGGUAGAGGAAGGCUACCUGUUGAUUGGAACCAGUUGACUAUGUCAUAAAGUUUUUGAAUGUGUUGGUUUUAGUACACUCUACAUGUAUGUCUUUGAAUUCAAUGUUUCAUUGUACUUUUAUCUUUUAUACCAAAAUAUUGUGAAAAUGUAACUUUUCACUGUACCUAUAUAGGAAUUUCAUACUGACAGAAGAAGGUCUACAAUUGAGUUUUUGCAUGUCUUUCUUUUUGUGUCUUUCUGUUAUAUCUUAAGGUAUCAUAAGAAUCUAUCAGUUGAGAGGAAUGAGAUUCAUAUAGUGAGGUAUAAGAUACUGUUUAUAGG